AUGCUUCGUUAUCUCCUCAGACCGCUUUCUCAGCCUGCUAACUGUCAGAUCCUCCCCGCUACAACACUUCCCUCCAAACCAACGACCACUUCAAUCCAACAACACAACUCCUUCCACACCACAAGAUCCAGCGAUAUGAGAGUCCUACUCACCGGCGGUUCCGGCUUCAUUGCCGCCCACGUUCUCGACAUCCUCCUCGAGCAUGGCCAUUCAGUCGUGACAACUGUACGAUCGCAAGAGAAGGCAAACAAGAUCAAGGACAAUCACCCAAAGUAUGGCAAGGACAAGCUUGACUUUGCACUGGUAGAGGACGUUGCUCAAGAGGGUGCUUUCGAUAAGGCAAUUGUGUCUGACCCGCCAUUCGAGGCCGUCAUCCACACUGCUUCACCCUUCCACUUCAAUGUGACAGACGUCCAGAAGGAGCUCCUCGACCCAGCCGUCAUCGGCACUACAGGUAUCCUGAAGAGCAUCAAGAAGUCAGCACCAAGCGUCAAGCGCGUCGUCAUCACGUCUUCGUUCGCCUCCAUCGUCAACCCAAGCAAAGGUCAUGCAGUCGGCCACGUAUACUCUGAAAAGGACUGGAAUCCAAUCACGCACGCGGAAGCGCUUGAGAACCCUGCCGCGGGAUACCGUGCAUCGAAGACGUUUGCUGAGAAGGCAGCAUGGGACUUCGUUGAGAAGGAGAAGCCCAACUUCACUCUGUCCACGAUGUGCCCUCCUCUUGUCCUUGGUCCGAUCGUGCACUACCUCAACUCCCUCGACUCCCUCAACACCUCCAACCAGCGCACCCGCGACUGCAUGCUAGGCAAGUGGAAGGACGAGAUCCCAAACACCGGCACGUUCAUCUGGGUCGAUGUCCGCGAUCUGGCGCUGUGCCACGUCCUAGCCGCAGAAAAGGAAGAGGCUGCGAACAAGCGAUUCUUCGUUACGGCAGGGCACUUCAGCAACGGAAAGAUUGCUGGUGUCAUCGGCAAGAACUUCGACUUCAAGGAAGUGCCGUCGGAGGAGACCAAAGAUGGUGGAAUGCCACCCGAUGGUAUCUACGAGGUUGACACUUCGCGAGUCAACGAGAUGCUGAAGCCACAGUGGACGAGCUUUGAGAAGAGUAUCACGGAUACUGUCAAGAGUCUGCAAGCUGUGGGCGCGUAG